AUGGAAACCCCUCUUUCGACAGACGAAGAGCAUCACGCCAUGGACCUUGAAAAGGGUUUCUCCUCUUCAAGCCUACCAUUGUCAACGAGAUUACGGCUCUGGUUGACAUCUGACAUCGACCCAAGAUGGGCAGACACUAUCCUUCUGGGUUGCUUCUUUGUGACAGGGAUGGUUGACUCUGUCGCUUUCGAUACUUGGAGCUGCUUUGUUGGCAUGCAGACUGGAAAUACCAUUUUUGCCGGUCUCGGUGUCAGCGAUCUGCCGGCAAACGUGCCAAAGCAUACCUGGACGAAAUCAUUAAUCGCCAUCUUAUCAUUCUGUCUUGGUGCGCUUUUCUUCUCACGAUACCAUCGAUACCUCGGCGGUCUCAAGCGAUGGGUGGUGGCCUCAUCUUUCUUCAUUCAAACGUCAUUCAUGAUCUUGACUGCAUCACUGAUUUCUGGAGGGGUUGUUGCGAAAGAAGAGACAGUGGUCGCUGACGGACGGGGAAGCUUCCCGUGGCACGAAUUGUGUCCCAUUGCUUUUCUGGCUUUUCAGAGCGCGGGUCAAAUUGUGGCGAGCAGGAUCCUCAAGUAUAAUGCAUUGCCGACCGUGGUCUUGACGAGCCUGUUCUGUGACUUAAUGAGCGAUCCUGACCUGUUCACCGCCGGGCUUCUUGAGGAUCCGGACCGAAACAGGCGGGCGUUAGGGGCGGUGUCUUUAUUUGGAGGCGCAGCCGUCUCUGGAGCCCUGCUUAAGACAUCAGUCCAAUACAAUGGAGCGUUGUGGGUUGCAACGGGAGUGAAGGGCGCAAUGGUACUGGCAUGGUUGGCAUGGAGUGCCAGAAGGCUGCAGAUACAGAAAUGA